AUGAACUUCAUCGCUGCCACCGUGCUUGAAACCGUUGCGCGUUUGCCGUAUUUCUCCUACAUCACGGUGUUGCAUCUCUACGAAUCAUUAGGUUGGUGGAGAUCCCCGGAGAUACGACACAUCCACUCAGCAGAGGAGGACAAUGAACUUCAUCACCUUCUCAUUAUGGAGGCUCUGGGUGGCGAUGCCAGCUGGUUCGACCGCUUCGCCGCGCAACAUGCGGCGCUGGUUUAUUACUGGAUCAUCACGGGACUCUUCAUCCUGAGCCCGGAGAAUGCGUACAACUUCUCUCACCUUGUUGAGGAGCACGCCUAUGUGACCUACCAAGUCUUUGCUGCAGAAAAUGCUGAAGUCUUACGUCAGGUUCCUCCUCCGCCGAUCGCGGUGAAGUAUUACGUGGAGGGGGAUUUGUACAACUUUGACAAAUUCCAGACACGCCACCGGGAGGAACCUCGACGACCACCUUGCGACAACUUACUGGAUGUCUUCGAAAACAUCCGUGACGACGAGUAUGAGCAUAUUGUCACGAUGAAGGCGUGCCAAGAAUGGUGGGCCGGACGUGGACCUUCUCCCAUCCCAGCCAGGACACGCAACUUGACCAAAGAUAGAGAGGCGUGGAAGCGAUGGGCUGAUGACAUGAAUCGUUUGAGCGAAUGA